AUGCUUGUUUCUCUCACUGUCGGCAAGGUCGAUGCCGGCGUUACUGUCCUUCUGACACCGGACAAGCGCCUGAUCGAGUUUCCUUCUAUCCUUCUCCCUCCCAAUAUCUCCUCCGGCAGCAUCGUUGACAUCAACGUCUCGCAAAACGCAACCAAAGAAGCCGCCGCCGAUCGUGCAUUCCGUGCUCUUCAAGACAGCAUUUACAAUUCCUUUGGUGCUUCCGAGCCUACGACCCCCGUGCUGCGCUGCCGCAAUGCUACUCAGACUUCGGUUGUCCUGGAAUGGGAUCCUAUUCAGCUUGCUACCGCCGACCUCAUCUCUCUGAGCCUCUAUCGAAAUGGCCAGAAGGCCGGAAACAUUCCCCGCCCAUUGCAAAUGCAUAGCACAAAGAUCAGUGGCCUUGCUGUCGACACCGAGUACACCUUCCACCUGGUUCUACGCACGAGCGCAGGUACCUAUGUCAGCGAGCGCGUACCGGUGCGCACACACAAGAUGACAGACUUGAGAGGUAUCACCAUUACCACUGGUAUACUGCCAAGCUCUGUCAAGGAUAAUCUGACAAAGGCGGUCGAGCGCAUUGGAGCCAAGCUUGUGGAUGGAGUCCGCAUUGAUACGACGCAUUUCGUCACAACUGAGGGUCGUGGACAGCAAUGGGAGAAGGCUGUCGAGAGUAACAUUCCUGUUGUACGUCCCGAAUGGGUAGAGGCUUGUGAAAAGGGCGGCCGUAUUCUGGGCGUCACAAAGUUCUACCUUGAUGCAAUGAAACCUGGUCCCCCAGCAGAGGAGUCUACACCACCACCACCACCACCCGAGAAGGAGGAGAAGAGCUUACCCGUGCCGCCCAGUCAGAACGGUGAAUCGGCUUCGAGAUCAGAGGAGAAGCUGGACGAUAAGAUACAGGAGAAGGAAGAGAAUGAAAAGAAGGAAAUAGAGGAACCCCAGGAGAACGGCGAGAAGAAGAACUCAAGCGACAGCAGCAGUGAAGACGAUGACGAUGUGGAGGUCGAACAGAAGGCCAUGAAGUCGCCGCAAGAGGAACAAAAGGUACGGUUCGAGGACAAAGAAGAACAGAAGGUUGCUCUGCGACCAGCCAGUAAUGGGGAAUCGGUCAAAGCUGAGCAGGAUAAUAAGCAAGAAAAGUCAGAGGAUGAGUCAGAGGAUGAAACAACCGCAAAGACUGCACCAACACCUGAUGGAGCAUCUUUCCAAGAAGUCGAGCUAUAG